UUUCCGCGCCGAAUGGAAACACGUACGGCUGACCCCCGGUGCAGGCAAGCCCACAUCACCACGCUAAGAAUGUUCUCUCGCGCGCUGAUCCACGGUAGACUUUACCUGCUUGUGACAGGUCAACCCCGGUCGGGCCGGCCCACCCUGCAGGCGGGGCCCAUCUGGUCCUCAUACCGACGGCCAAUACUCGCCCACCGCCUGACUAAACGACUAUAAAUACGGGAGAACUAUUAUUAACAACAUUACACAGUUCCUAGAGUACUCACCAAGACCAAAAACCAGAACCUUACUCGUACGCGUACUCUUAUUUUAUCUCAAUAACUUGAGAAGGCUUUACGUUUCCAAAGAAGGUAAGGAUUGCAGGCCUUUUCCUUAGAAAUCAUAUAUUUUGUCUCUCUUUUUAUAGAAAUUUGUCAUUAAAAUCCUUUUCAUCGUUGUAUUUUUCAGAACGCUUAGUACGACUGGUGAGAUGAAGAUGUCGCUACAGUUUCUCCGCGCGUGUCUCGUGGCAGCGGUCGUCCGGACUUCCCUGGAGCUCCCGGCGCCGUCCAUCGUCAGACCGUGCGACCGUCCAGACGGCUGCCGGAAGACCCGUCCCGACGCCCUGUCCCCCGACACAGACCCCACGGGCUCCACAGCAGACUGGUUUCAGGACGACUACCCUGCCGAGGACGACAAGACACCGGUGGAACUCUCCCCGGAGUUCUCCUACGAACCGGCCCAGGACAAGCUCGUCCUUACCGAACUCUUGAAAUCACUGCAGCAGAUUCAAAGGAAAGCCAACAGCACCAAACAGCUUCGACUGGGUAAGCUGUUGUCGGGGAUCGUCACGAAGCAGAAUCGGCGGAGGAAAGCUAAAGCGAGCAAGUCUAACACAGUCCUGAGCCAAGAGGCGGUAACAUCACCGACUGAGAAGAGAGACCAAACCACCACCAGUUCAGACUUUGUCGCGACGAAAGCGGCAGUUCCGUCAACAACGCCGCACCAACCGACACAGAGCACACCGACACAGAAGCCUGAAAAUGACAUCACAUUCGACGUUCAGCUGCCCGAAUGGUUCUGGGACCCCGAGAGGACUCUGUCGCCCUUCUAUGACGACGCGCCAGCGGCACCGGCAGAGCUCCGAGACGACGAGAACGUCCACCAACCCGACGGAACGCUGUCAGUCGACACGAACUUUGGCGGGGAGAUUCUCCCGUUCCCUGACAGACUCGGCCCCGACCACACCUCACUCAUCACCAGCAGCGAGCAGGACUUACUAGACCAGCUAGCACUGUGGAGCAAAAUGUCACUGGAAGCCGAUAAAUCUACUUAUCCACUAGACACUGAACUAGAAGGAGAGGAGACACCAAAACAGGACGAGAGGCUUUUACCGCUACGCAUAGAAAAACCAGAUACCACAACAGAAACACUAAGAUGUUACCGAGAUUUGGAGACAAGGACAACAUACUACAGAGGACGACCAUGUCCCCGGCAGACAAGACCACAGCUCACAGACCCUCUGUGUCACGCCAGAAGAUUCCUGGCUCCAAACGGCUGCUGCAAAGAGUGGUGGGUUGUUUGCAAUUGAACGACCCUCAACGUGAACUCUAAACUGCAAGUGACUCUGUAUGUACAAAGACAUGCAUACCUCAUGAACAAUCUCUCCGAAAUCUCGCGAGAAUACGACGCGAGAUGUGUGACGUCAAAGAGUCAAUUCCAUGAACGUCGACGAAGGUCUAGACAUCCAGGAAAUGAGAGACACAAGGAAAUCAUUACCCAAGCAACUGGACACAUUUUGAAAACUGCCAGACGUUUUAUGCAGUAUCCAACGUGACGAAAAGUAGUGGAUGCUACUUGAAACGUCUGACAGUUUUCAAAAUGUAUCCAGUUGCUCGAGUAACAAUUGUCUUGUGUAGUCAAUUCCAUUAUGAGAAGGGUGCGGCAGCUAUGUUUGGCAAAACUGCCGAAGUACUGACCAAGCUAGGACUCUUUGUUUGUUUGUUUGUUAUAACUGUAAAUAAUGUUUCAAGACGAUAUAUGGACUCUGUGAGACCGUAGAUGAUAUUCUGUAAAUACGCGAUGAUUGUAUAGUCGGGAAUGUAUUUCAGAUUUAGUCCGCAAGAUGCCAUACUAACUUCGUGUACGAAUAUAUCAAUACUGUCUUAAGUUAUUGUCAAGGUUUUAUAAAAAUCCAUUCCAUUCAUUGCAGCAAGACCCAUAAUAGGUGUUAUUUAUGUAUAUUUAUAAAGAAAAGUAUGAUAUUUUGUUAAGAUAUUUUGUUGAGAAUCGUUGAUGUAAAAUAAAGUAACUU